AACAGCAUAUUGGUCAUCUUGCUGUACAACGCCAGGUGGAAAUGAAGCCCUUGUUUUUGCUGUGAGAGGAGUAGCUGGUUCUGUACUCACACUUCUGGACCUGACAUCUCUUCAUUCAUAAUGAUAAAGGCCAAAGACAAGACUGAAGAGAGUGGUGCAAAACCUAAGCAUGUACUUAAUAACAGAGGAACUCAAACUGAAAGCAGUAAGCCUUCUGAAGAUACUAAAAGUGUGAAAAAGUUGGAUGAAAACAGUGGAGGAUGCAAGAAGGUGAACGCUUCAAGUGCUGUUGCCCACAAAGCUGACUCCGGACUCCAGACUAAAGAGAGGACAGCACAGCAGAAAGCAGUAGAAGGUACUGGAAAAACAUGGAGCUGUCAACAGCAAAAAGGUUUUGUCAAAGCUUUGAAUCAACAUAAUGGUCUUCCCUUCAUAAAUCAAGAUCACGUAGGCAACCAAGAUGUUCCUGUUAAAGUGCACAAUAUGGGCAGAGCCCCACACCUAGAUGAGUGCCACAAGCAGCUUUUUCAUCAGAAACUCAAAGAGAAUGAAAACAAACCUCUAUCACAGAGUAUGGCAUCGCAGGAAGCUGUGCCCUCCACAUCCCAGGCUAUAUCUGACGCAGGGUGUGAAGUGACACAAACCAGGAUAGCCGUUGAUGUUCACGUGACUGAAGUGAGAGAAAAGAUUGAGAUGACAAGAAACUCAAAUGAUCACAGACAUAAAAAUGCCAAAGCAAAAUCCCCAUCCUCUUUAUCAUCAGAAGUGGAAGGAUAUAAACAGCUGCCUGGAAAAUCCAAACUUGAACAGACUCCUAAGAACAUCAGCACUGAAUCAAAUCAAGAAGUGAAAGGGAACAAGAAGCAAGGUGAACUUGCACCAAAAACAGGGAAGCAACAGCCAUUACUGAACAAGCCCAAGCCAAGUAAAAAGGCUGAAGAAAAGUCAGAAUUAAAAUGCAAGCCCAUAGUUCCACGGAGUACCACUGCAAUGGAACCAAAGAAAGAUCUGGGAAUACAAGUCAAAAUCCAUCAAGGAACAGUAAAAGUAGAAGAUUCUUUGGCAGUUACAAACUCUGAGAGGAGGGAGUCUGAGCCCCUCUGUUCAGUGGGAAGUGAGAAGGAUGUGGGUCAGUGUGCAGGAACAGCAACGGAGAGCGCUAAGUCGUUGGAAGCUAGCAAAGAGCUUUCUGCACAGGAUGAGGUGAUCAUUGAUGACAGCCCUUCUCCCCCAGCUCCUUUUGAACAUCGUGUAGUGAGUGUCAAGCUAACAGAGGUGACAACGUGCUACUCUGUGUGUCAUCAUGAAGUCCUUGGAGGGGGGCGUUUUGGGCAAGUUCAUAAGUGCACAGAAGUAUCAACUGGUCUCAAUUUGGCAGCCAAAAUCAUUAAAGUGAAAGGAGCAAAAGAAAAGGAGGAAGUAAAAAAUGAAAUUAACAUCAUGAACCAAUUAAAUCACGUGAAUUUGAUUCAGCUUUAUGAUGCCUUUGAAGCCAAAAAUAAUAUAACUUUGAUCAUGGAAUAUCUGGAUGGUGGUGAAUUAUUUGACCGGAUCACAGAUGAAAACUACAAUCUAACAGAGUUGGAUGCAAUCUUAUUUACCAAACAAAUUUGUGAAGGAGUCCAUUACUUGCACCAGCAUUAUAUUCUCCAUUUAGAUCUGAAGCCUGAAAACAUAUUAUGUGUAAAUCGCACAGGGAACCAGAUCAAAAUUAUUGACUUUGGAUUAGCAAGGAGGUACAAACCUCGUGAAAAACUGAAGGUUAAUUUUGGAACUCCAGAGUUCUUGGCUCCUGAAGUGGUGAACUAUGACUUUGUUUCCUACCCAACAGACAUGUGGAGCGUAGGUGUCAUCACGUACAUGUUGCUUAGUGGCCUAUCCCCAUUCCUGGGAGAAACUGAUGCGGAGACGAUGAAUUAUGUAGUCAAUUGCAACUGGGAUUUUGAUGCAGAAGCUUUUGAACAGCUAUCAGAGGAAGCAAAAGACUUUAUUUCCAGACUACUCGUGAAAGAGAAAAGCUGCCGGAUGAGUGCAACACAGUGUCUGAAGCAUGAGUGGUUGAACAAUCUGCCUGCCAAAGCCAAGAAGUACAAGCUUCGCCUGAAGUCCCAGUUGUUGCUGCAAAGUUACAUAGCUCAGAGAAAAUGGAAGAAACAUUUCUAUGUGGUGGCUGCUGCUAACAGACUGAAGAGAUUUCAGAGUAUGUCUGUCAAGCUUGUGUAAGGUUGUGUGAAGCAAACAACUACCACACUUGAGGAUGGAUGUGAAACCAUAGGAGAAGAACUCAGUAUCUUCAAUAAUUUCUAUCCCAUAUAUAACAUCAAGUUUUGCAUCUGUCUUUCUCAGAUAUUGUGUGUUAGUGCUUAGGUUGCUAAAAUGUCUCAAAGCAGAGGCACUGAAAUAACUUACAAAAGCAGAAUAUGCCUUGUUUUGUUCCUACAAGUUUUUAGUUGUACAUAGUGAUGAAAAAAUGUGUAAAUGCUUUUCAUUGGGUGUGACUGCAACCCUUAGUUUUCUAAGUUUUAUUUUGAAAAUUUUUCUCCUUUUAAACUGCAUUAAAAUUGUUGAUCUGUAAAGUUGCUAUGCAAAACACAUUCUAAUGCUGUUCAGUUCCAGAGACAUGCUGUAUUGCCAGACUCUGCCUUUGGCUCACUUGGGAGGUUGAAACCCUUUCUUCCCCAAUUUGCUCUCAAACAUUAAGACUUUUUCUUCACAAUACUGUCUGUAAUGUCUAAAGAACUGAAGCCACUUAAAAUUUCUCAGCUAAAAGUGUAACAUUAUUUAUUAAACCUAUGGUUUCAUUCAUUCCUGUUCUAGAUGUAAGCUGAAUAGGCUCUUUAAUAGUGAUAGUUUCUGUUUUUGCUGGAAAGCUAGUUUUGGGAAAGGCAUCUAGCCCAAGCCAAGCUUCCACUGACUUUAUGGACUUCCAUAUCCCUUGAAUUAGCAAAAGUGUUGGUUGCUAAUAAAGAGGAUUUUAAGAAUGCCUUACCCUAGCCUAGUUAUCUUUUUUUUCCAUUAUAGUGCUUCCCACUUUUUCUAAUUCCUGGAUUCUGGACUUGUGCAGUAUUUCCAGUAUCAAGACAGUGAAAAAUGAUUAAAAUCUAGUGAAGUAGUCUUUACACUGUAUCACCUUCUGUGAAGGCCCACUUUGGUUCAUAUUUUCCUUCCACAGCAGUUCUGCAUGCUAAAUGUGAUUGUAUUCUUCGGUCUGUGUAUUUCUGAACUAAUACUAAUAAAUUACAUGAUAAACAGGCCCAUUCCUCCAUUUUGGUUUAAAAAACAAAGAAAUGUGAAAGCAUCUUUGAUUAGGUCUCACAGAAUGUUAAUCUCACCCCUCUGCCCUCUGCCACAUGUUAGAUAUUAAUAGCAGAUGUUUUGUAACAGCUUGUACUGGGAGUUGAUUAACUAAGAUUUUUCUCUGCACACCAGGCAUUUGUUUGGAGUCCAUUCCACAAUAAAUUUACUGUUAUGUUUCA